GUGCGCAGAAGGCUUCCUGGCUCGGCGGCGGCUAGGGCCCGCGCAGAGUGAGUGGCCCUGCGGGUGGGGCUGUCGGCGGCGCUGGUGAGGGAACGCGGAGCCGUCGCCGCAGCCUCCGCCGCCGAGAAGCCCUUGUUCCCACUGCCGGGAAGGAGAGUGUGGUGCCGACAAGAUGGCGGACGGGGAGCUGAACGUGGACAGCCUCAUCACCCGCCUGCUGGAGGUACGAGGAUGUCGUCCAGGAAAAAUUGUGCAGAUGACUGAAGCAGAAGUUCGGGGCUUAUGUAUCAAGUCUCGUGAGAUCUUUCUCAGCCAGCCUAUUCUUUUGGAAUUAGAGGCACCACUGAAAAUUUGUGGUAAGCGAAGAUUUAAUAUUAAAUUGUGGAAGACCUUCACUGAUUGUUUUAACUGUCUGCCUAUAGCUGCCAUUGUGGAUGAGAAGAUCUUCUGUUGUCAUGGAGGACUGUCACCAGACCUACAAUCUAUGGAACAGAUUCGGAGAAUUAUGAGACCCACUGAUGUGCCUGAUACAGGUUUGCUUUGUGAUUUGCUGUGGUCUGACCCAGAUAAAGAUGUGCAAGGUUGGGGAGAAAAUGAUCGUGGUGUUUCCUUUACUUUUGGAGCUGAUGUAGUCAGUAAAUUUCUGAAUCGUCAUGACUUAGACUUGAUUUGUCGAGCUCAUCAGGUAGUGGAAGAUGGAUAUGAAUUUUUUGCAAAACGACAGUUGGUAACCCUAUUUUCAGCUCCAAAUUACUGUGGCGAAUUUGAUAAUGCUGGUGGGAUGAUGAGUGUGGAUGAAACUCUGAUGUGUUCAUUUCAGAUACUGAAACCAUCUGAAAAGAAAGCUAAGUACCAGUAUGGUGGACUGAAUUCUGGACGCCCUGUCACUCCACCUCGAACAGCUAAUCCACCGAAGAAAAGGUGAAGAAAGGAAUCCUAUAAAGAAACCAUCAGAUUUGUUAAGGACAUACUUCAUAAUAUAUAAGUGUGCACUGUAAAACCAUCCAGCCAUUUGACACCCUUUAUGAUGUCACACCUUUAACUUAAGGAGACGGGUAAAGGAUCUUAAAUUUUUUUCUAAUAGAAAGAUGUGCUACACUGUAUUGUAAUAAGCAUACUGUUAUAAUACUCAAUAAAAUUAAAUCCAAAUUCAAAAUUAUCCAUUAAAGUUUCACCUUCACAUAGCAAAAUUUUUAAAGUUGAAAAGCAUCCCAGUUAAACUAGAUGUGAUAGUUAAACCAGAUGAAAGCAUGAUGAUCCAUUUGUGUAAUGUGGUUUUAGUGUUGCUUGGUUGUUUAAUUAUUUUGAGCUUAUUUUGUUCUGUUUGUUUCUGCUAGAAUAAUGGCAACUACUUUAAUUUUUUUCCCCUAACCAUUUUUAAAAAUGAAAUACGAGAAGAGCUUUAAAUGUAUUCACUUCAUCAACUGUUACUUUUCUUUGCUUAUCUACUUACAUACCUUUUUGAUGUUAAUAAGACAACUUACACCUCAUUAUAGGAAAAAGGAGUUCUCAAGAUUGAUAAUUCUUAAAAAAAAAUGUGCAGACAGUCCAAUCUAGUGAUUUUAAUCAGUUUGACUGGGUGAACUUUACAGCUAAUAGUGAAUAUUUUGCUUUUUACAAAAAUUGUCACUGAUUUGGAUUUGUGCACUCUAAUUUUUAACUUAUUGAUGCUGUAUUGUGCAGUAGCAUUUCAUUUAACUUAAAGAUAAUGCUCAUAUAGUAUUACCCAACUAGUUGGUAAUGUGAUUAUGUGGUACCUUGGCUUUAGGUUUUAAUUCGCACGAAACACCUUUUGGCAUGCUUAACUUUCUGAUAACACCUUCACCUGCAUCAAUUCUGUUUUUUGGGGGUUUUGUUGUUUUGAUUGCUUUCAGAUCCACAAAACAUGAGAAUCCUUUUUUGACAAGCCUUGGAAAGCUGACACUAUCUUUUUUUCUUCCCUCUAUACGAAGGAUAUAUUUAAUGAAUUCUGAUCAGUGAGAUAGUUUGUCAACCAUGGGUAUUGGGUGCUUCGCUAUCUAAUAUUGCCAUGUGAAUGUUGUGUACAGUUGUAAGGCUGUGUCACUAAAGAUUUUUAUUCUGAUUUUUCAUUAUCAAAGGUCAUAUGAUAAUGUAUAAAUACGCUUUGUAGUGAAUUAUAGUAGCAAUAAUUUCUGUACAUGAUCAAGCGUUUGUUGCAUUUUUUUUUUCUGUUCUUUUUCUUUCUCCCCCCUCCUUUCUCUGUCCCCUACCCCUUCCACUUCCGCUCCCCCUCCCCCCAAGGUUAGCGUUAAGGAAUGGCAAGUAGUAGAACAGUCAACAAUGAUUUUAGGAGAACUUCUAGAACACAGAUUUGCAAUUCUUAGAUGUGACACUGUUGGAUGGGAUUCUAAAAUAUUUUAUUGAGCAUUGUCAAAUUUGUAAGCUUCAUAGGAAUGGACAUCGUAUUUAUAAACCCCUUCUGUGUGCUACCAUAGAUGUGAAAUUCUUGACCUUAAUAUUAUCUUUGAAAAUGAUAAUUUGAGAAUUCUGUAACUUACACUUUAUGGAUUGGCACAUUGUAUUACUGCAAGAAAUACUUGAUUUUAGCACAGUGCAAAAGUUCUUUAAAAUGCCUAUGUCUUUUUUUCUAAUUUCAUUUUGGUUUAAAGCACAUUUUAAAUGUAGUUUUCUCAUUUAGUAAAAGUUGUCUAAU